CCAAAGCCCAAAAACCCUAUCGGAUGUCUUUCUUGUAUCUUUCCUCUGAAGUGUAUAGACCCAUAAUUGAAAAUUUUGAAGCAGCUUUAUUAUUUUAUUAAUACAAAGAGAAAAACAUGGCAGAGACAGAAAUGCAAAGGCAGCAGCAGCAACAGAAGAAGCAAGUUCAUCUCUUUUACUGUGAUGAAACUGAGGAACUUGCUAUUAAAGUUGCUGCUCACUCUGACCUCAUCACCCUUCAAUCCAUCAACUGGAGGAAUUUUGAUGACGGGUUCCCAAACCUUUUUAUAAACAAUGCACAAGAAAUGCGAGGUCAACAUGUUGCCUUUCUUGCAGCCUUCAGUUCUCCAGCAGUUAUCUUUGAACAGCUUUCUGUCAUUUAUGCUCUCCCACGACUGUUUGUCGCUUCCUUCACAUUAGUGUUGCCAUUCUUUCCAACUGGCUCCUUCGAGCGAAUGGAAGAAGAAGGGGAUGUUGCAACUGCAUUUACCAUGGCAAGAAUAUUAUCAAAUAUACCGAUAUCAAGAGGUGGCCCCACUAGUCUAGUUAUCUAUGACAUACAUGCUCUACAGGAAAGAUUUUAUUUUGGGGAUAAUGUUUUGCCUUUGUUUGAGACUGGGAUUCCUCUGCUAAAGCAACGUCUUCACCAGCUUUCCGACUCUGAUAAGAUUGUUGUAGCAUUUCCUGAUGAUGGAGCUUGGAAACGAUUCCACAAGCUGUUGGAUCAUUUUCCCAUGGUAGUAUGCAAUAAGGUCCGCGAAGGUGAUAAAAGGAUAGUUCGAAUAAAGGAGGGAAAUCCUGCUGGUUGUCAUGUGGUCAUAGUUGAUGAUUUGGUCCAAUCUGGAGGCACCCUUAUCGAGUGUCAGAAAGUAUUGGCAGCUCAUGGUGCUGCGAAAGUGAGUGCAUAUGUCACCCAUGGUGUCUUUCCUAAGCGCUCUUGGGAGCGAUUUACUCACAAAAGUAAUGGCUCAGAGAGUGCUUUUGCCUAUUUUUGGAUCACUGAUUCAUGCCCUCUUACUGUCAAAGCCAUAGCCAACAAAGCUCCAUUUGAAGUUUUGAGUCUUGCCGGGUCCAUUGCUGAUGCUCUGCAAACAUGAGCAAAAUAUGUAAGACCAUAAGGUGAGAUGUUGAUGCACUCUUGAAAUAACUUAUUCAGCCAGAAGAUGAGUUGUAUUCCUUCAUCACUUUGGGAGCAUAAUUUCCAGUUUAUGAUUGAGAUCAAUCAGUAUCGAUCAUAUUUUGAGCUUC